CGAGCUGUGCCCUCGCUGCCGCCCCGGGACAGUUCAGAAGCAGCUGCCCCAGUGGGCACAGCAGGGGCGGGGCGAGCUGGGGUGUCAAGGUCCUGUGCGAGUUGUCGGGCAGCUCCGUAGGGGCAGCCCCUGGCCCUGCUGUGUCUGGGAACCGAGGGAGCGAGCCGGCAGCGAGCAGGCACGCCCUUGGGGCCUGCGGGGCCUCCCUCCCUGCCUUGGUGCCGGCUGCUUUCUGCCCUCGUGGGCGCUGCCUUUCCGGCGUCACUCUGCCGUCCCUUUGCCAGGAGGGGGUCUUCUGAGCAUAACUUUCGGCAGCCGGUCAGGAAGGAGAUGCUCACUGCCUACGUUGAAUUUUCAGAGAAGUAAAUGAGUAGCCAGUGCCCGGCCGCCCUCCAGGACCAUCGGGACGCCCGGACCGCGGGGCCAAGCCUUCCUCCUCCUUGAGGUUGUUCGUCCCCUCCGUCCAGUCCCAUCUCAGGUAGGAGGAGUAUGGACGCCCGCGGGGGGCUGCCCGCCCGCACCGACACCGACACCGACGCCGCACUGUCCGCCGGCACCGUGCUGGCCAGCUUCUCCGUCUUCCAGCUGCUGUUCCACUUCCUGAGCUCCUGGUUUUCAGCGGCCGUGUCUCCAGGUUUCAACAGCCUCAGCCUCGAGAAGAAGAUUGAGUGGAACUCGAGGGUGGUGUCUACCUGCCAUUCCCUGGUGGUUGGGAUUUUAGGCCUGUACGUUUUCUUUUUCGACGAGGCGACCAUCGCAGACCCAUUUUGGGGCAAUUCAUCGCUUGCCAAGGUGAAUAUUGCUAUCGCUUCGGGCUACCUCAUUUCCGAUUUGCUGGCCCUCCUUCUGUACUGGAAAGUGAUCGGCGACAAGUACUUCGUGAUUCACCACUGCACGGCCCUGUACGCCUUCUUCGUCAUCCUGAGAGAAGGCCCCCUGCAGUACAUCGGGAACUUCCGCCUGCUGGCCGAGCUCUCCAGCCCCUUCGUGAACCAGCGGUGGUUCCUGGAGACCCUGAAGUACCCCAAGUUCUCCAGGGCCAACGUGGCCAACGGCGUGCUCAUGACGGCCGUCUUCUUCCUCGUGCGCAUCGCCGCCAUCCCCCCCAUGUACCACCUCAUGUGGUCGGCGGUCGGCACCGAGUCCUACGCGCGGCUCGGGCCGGUCAUCCUGGGCACCUGGGCGGUCACCUGCUUGGUGCUGGACGUGAUGAACGUCAUGUGGAUGGUCAAAAUUUCCAGGGGCUGCCUCAAGGUGCUCUCGCUGCUCAGGGAGGAGAAAGCCGGCGGCAGCCUGCAGAACGGGAAGCUGGACUGAGCGUCCGCCUGCCCACCCGCACCCGCCCAGCAGGUACCGCCUCCAGCCGCCGUCGGCGUCUGUCCCUCUCGAGUGUCACCCAGGGCCUCCGGUCCUCUUCCGCCACCUCUUACCUGCAGAAAAGGGGAACUAAAACUCUGACGUCAGUCCCAAGGUCUGUCUUCUGAUUUCCUCCUGCAUUAUAAGUAUGGGCAAAGUCUUACAGGUUUAAAUAAAAGGGUGUAAACCAGCCCGUCGGCUGGCGUCCGCGUCUCUCUCCGGAGGGGCUCAGCCCGAGCUGCGGGGACAGUGGCCCUGCCCUGCAGGCGCAGCCCGGCCUCAGCGCCACGCCACGCCACGCUCCUGGCCUACGAGGGCCGCGCAGGGCUUAAUUUCUGGAUUGCCGGAACGUUCUUUUGCUGAGGCCGUUACAGGGACGCGUUUUCAUUUAGGCCAUCGUCUCCUAACGAUGAAGCCUUUUCCUUACUCGGGCAUAUUUAAUUCGUUCAGUUAUGGAAAACACUUCCUGCAUUUUGGGGUUCUCAGACACCACUUUAUUAUUCCCGUGUUUAGAAUUCUAUUGAGUUAUUGCCUUUUUAUUCUGCAGGGCGGUGUGAGACAGGUCUCGUUGCGCUCCCGAGCACAGGCCGUCCUCCUCAGGAGGGUGCGUGCUGCGGGGGGCUCCUGGGGCCUGGGGGGCAGUCGCUGAGCCUUACCACUGCCUCUCGGCUUCCCUGGCAGUUUUUCUAUGAAAAAUAUAUUCUUUCUGUUCAUGAAACGUGCCCUGAGUUCAGAACCCGGCACCCGCAGUACCAAAGUCUUAGGUACCGUGUGUUUAUCCUACUCCUGAGGUGGGCCUUGAUUUGACGAGAUCAACACGACACAAAAAAAAUCAGUCAUUCAUAUUUUAGUCUGAGUUUACCCUCGAGUUUAGUUAGCACUCUGAAAUGUCUGUUUAUCCCGAAGGACAGGAAAAGCACGAUCAUUUCACCCAGGUAUUCUGAUCACCCGGACUGUUGUCUUCUGUGACAAUCGGUGGCUGGGGACUGGUUUCUGGUUUGCCUGUGUCUGUUCCCUCUUUGGUUCUGCCAACCCCGACGUAGGAUCACGGCUUUCAGGUUUGCCUCAAGGACUUGACCUUAAUGAUGGUCCUUAACGAAGAAAAACAAAUGUAGUUUAACCGGUGGGGAGCGCUUGGAUGUAACUGAACUCAAAACAGAAGAUCCCGUUCCUUCCUCAUUUCACCUGGAUUUCACGGUUCAAGUCGGGAAGGUGAAGGGAGGCUGGCUGGAUAUUUCAAGACUUUUGAUUCCAUUCGAUUUGGUUUGAUUGGGCUGCCCAAUGCAAACAGAGCCCGCUGACGUUUGAGAACUUCUAACGAAGGCAACUGGGACCUUAGCCAGUGACCCAGUGAUAAAACGGGAGUGAUUGGCGUCUCCUGGGCGCACCUGUUUUUGAAAAGCUUAAUUAAAGUAAAAACACAGGUCCAUGUUUUUAAAGCGACCGACACGACACUACUCCUUUGCUCCCGGGCUGGCUGCCCCCCCCCCCCCCCCCCAGCCAGCACUGACCGGUGAGCGUGGGCGGGCGCUUCGAGGGAGGGCAAAAGUGGCGGCUUUACCUCCUUGUCCUGCUCUUUGGCAAGAGAACUGGCUUUUAAAAAGGGAGACGUUUAUGUUAGAAAACUGGUUUGGAAGUGAGUUCCUUUAGAAAAGAAGACAACUCAACAGAAGCGUCUUUGGCUCCGAGUGUUUCCGUGGUCCCUGAACACGGGUGUCCUCCCAGGAGGUGGAGCCGCUUUCCACGGGCCGGCGGUUUCACGCUGAAAACUUCCUUUUUACCCCCAUGGCAGCCCCUCUGAUUCGGACGGCCGCUCACGAACCAAAUGUUAUGAUACAAAUGUUAUGAUACAAAUGUUUUGCACGAAUGUUUCUCAUGCUCUUAGGCAGCCAUUGUUAUUUCAGCCGGCUGUGCAAUAGCCAGCCCAGCAGCCAGAUUCCAGGUCCGAGGUGACUCUUCGAAUUUCUCUGGCCACAGCCCCGCGGCGGGAGAGGCGCCAUCAUGCUGCUGUGCUGCUCCCGUGGGAGCUGGGCCGGAGCCGCGUGGACGUCCGCUCCUGCUGCCCACAGCCCACGCGGUCACAGCCGGGACACUUCCUUCGCCAAACAAGGAGUUCUUCACAUGUUACUUUGACAAACUUUUUGCUAGAAUAUUGCAUAUGAAGUAUUUUGACUAUGUGGGUUAAUUUCAAUGAUUCUACUUGGCAUUCUGAUUUUAAGGACUUCUGUUCAAAUAUUUAUAGAAAAUAAAAGCAAGUUGAUAUAAAUUUUUAAGCAACUCUAUUUUUGGAGAAAAAGAUUAGUCACAACCUAUAACUAUGAAGAUGCUCUUUGAAUGUGUCAUUGUCUAGAAAAUAAAAAUUCUCACAAAAUGUUGAAAACGAAUGCACAUCAACUGAACAGCAUGCAACACCGUACAUUCUGCAUUAGGUAGCUUAUUGUAUUUGGGAGAAUUUAAAAAUUACGAGCCCCAGUUUCUAGAGUUUGCACUCCUGCAUCUAACAACUUUUUAAAUGAUAAAUGUUUGCAUCCACCGGGGACUCGGAGUGGAGUUCGAUCUGCCCAGACGGUGUCUCCAAACCUCACAGGAGGCGCAUUGCAGUCCCUCCUCCUCCGGUUUGACCUCGUUUCCCAGGGACGGGCCCUGCGUUGUGCACGGUCCCCAGAGACCGGGUGGUCCCUGGCGUGACGAGACGGCUUGGGUGUUGGUCACACCACUGGUUAUCAUGUCUUCUCACGGAGAAACACGGGGAAACGUGUUGUGACAUUUGUGUUUGCUGUUUCCUUCCCAAGGGACACAAACACGCCCCAAAAGCCAGGAUGACAAUAAAUGUGUGCCCGAGUUUCAGGGUCUGGGUCCCUCCGAGCUCCAGACAGCUGAGUGUCCCUACGUGUCGAUGGGGAGCGGUCUGCGUGCUGGGAGUCACAGGAAAGGCCGUGUGGCUGCUGACGUCCUCGGUCACGCUUCAUGGAAAGCUGUGCAUUGAGGUGUCUUGGACCCGAAGAGGCCCUUGAGUGGCCUGUCGGGAUUGUGGCAGGAUGCGUCUGCACGGGGACAGCCAGCAGCUCGGGACACCCUCCUGUGUCGGAGGCUGUGGCCCAGACCUUGCCAGCUUUAACCACACCGGGCCCAUGACAGCUGCCACAAGUGAGUCCCAGCAGGAAACCUGACGUGGGAGACAAAGCAGCUGGGCCCCCCCAGGACCGAGAGCCCCGGUGCCCCUCCCACCAUCUAGGGGUCACUUCCCCAAGCCCUCCUGUCCCCCCACCACGGCAUCAGCGCCUCCCUGCCUGCCAGCCGCUGACACCUUUCUGUGUCCACAUUUGAGGCCUCCGCUUACCCGUACGCUUCCUGGUGGCCUGUCCUUUCAUUGAACAACAAAAAAAAAAAUUGCAGGAAGUUUAAGCAGCGAUCAGACAACCCCUAAUUUAUUAAGAGGCUACAGGAAGCCAGGGAGCAUUUCACGAUGCUUGUUCCCAGCAGCAAGCAAAACUAAUAAAUGCUCCGGUUUUAUGGAGACACCACGGUGGCUUCUCUUUCUUCUCAAACCGGUUUGGCCACACGAGCGUCACAACGCGCCUCAGCUGGGGAACCUCCACAGGUGUGUCAUUACCGGGGCGGCCCUGCUGGGACCCCAGGAUGCAGGGUGCCUGUCCUGAGGGCGCCAGGAGGCCGGGCUGGUGGGCGGCAGCAUCGGAGGGCCCUGCUCUUCAUCCAACCUACUUACGGGCACACUUCUCCUAAAAAUAAGUUUGCCGGCAAAUUCGGGGUUUCCGAGGUGCAGCGUGCAGGGGUUUGAGCCCGGGCCCCUUCCGGCCCGUAUGUCAGGGUUCUGAGGGUAUUUCGGACUGUGGUGAGGAAGGGUGGGCGCGGCUGGGCUGGGUGGAAAACAUUCACACCGAUAUCCUCGGAGAUGCAUAUACUCCUGACAUCGGGCCCGCUGCUUAAGACCAAAACCCACGAGGACUAUUUAUUAAUCUCGGAGAUGCAAACGCAAUACCUCUGGCUGAAAACUCAUCCUUGUUACCUGCGCAUUAAUUUUUUAUGUCUUUACGUAAAUUCUGUAAUUAAGUGUGCACUAAGGCAUCGGCUAAGUCUUGGUUAAUGGAGCCUAAAAAUAUCACCAAAUAAUAUUUUCAUUUCUUGCUCGGUUGGCUUCUAGUCUGAUAUGUCUACUUUUCAACUAACGGAGUUUUUGCACAGAUAAAGACUCUUCCUAACUUGGUCCUAGAAUCGGUUAUGAGAUUUUGGAUUCGUUGUUAGGAUUUGUGAUCAUUUUAGACGUAGAUUUCAUCUGAAACAGUCACUUGGAAACUGGUAAAUGCAGCAGCUGGAGCGGUCGGUGCACUUUUCCUCCUGGGACUGUGUUACUUUGAUAUGCAAUCCUUAGAAAGACGUUGGAAGUCUUUCAAAAUAAAUUUAAUAGUUUUGAGACCACGCCUUCUCAUUUAUUUCCAGAAGGCUAAAGAAUUUUUGCUCCCUUUAUAAAAAUGUGAGCCUUGGUAACUUAGAAAUUACUGUUACUCAGACUUAUUGGCAGUUGAAACAAUAACUUGGUAUUUACUUUGGUUUCUGGUUGCGUUUUAUGUGGCAGGAUGAAUAAGAUCUUUAGGUAAUUCCCGUGGCACUCUGAAAUGUUUGUGUUUGUUGGUGCGUGUGCCAUCUCAAAGCACAUGCAAGUUCAAAGCGAUACUCUGCAUGUUCUACAAGGUCGGCAUCACUUUGUCAUGGCAGUCGAAGUUACUGUUCACACUGAGGACGUGUAUAAACUCAGUGUCCCAUGUAUAAAUUGCCCUUCUGCCCGGCCACACUGAUACAGUGCAAAGCUUUGUAUUUUGUGAAAAAAAUAAAAUCACAAUUAUUUAAUGCAAAA